GUAGAAAAUAUGGAGACACCUAAAUUCCUAUUAAAAACUUUAAAAGCUUUGAAGGAAGAGGAAUUUAAAGAAUUCAAGUGGCACCUGCAGGAGGAGGUCCUAGAACUCCCAGGAAUCCCAAAGAGUGAACUAGAGAAAGCAGACCGGAUGGAAACAGUGGAUCUGAUGCGUACGCACUACGGCAGACACGACAUUAAAGUGACCAGAGAAGUUUUGAAGGAGAUCCCGAGGAAUGAUCUAUUAGAGGCAUUAUCAGAAUCCUCAUCAGAAUCCUCAUCAGACCGUAAAGGAGAGAAGCUGCUUUCUGCUGGACGGGAGGAUCCACUCUGCAGUCUGGACACUCUCAGCCUCCACUGAGAGCGGUAUUCUUUC